CCACCCCACCCUCCACCCCCCACCACGCCACAUACUACGACACACUCUGGUGUACCUCUGGUUGUACCCUUCUCCAUCCCCCCCCUUGCUGGCUAUCCAAGUGGUGAACAAGAAGCAUACCCGCACGUGCGAGCUGACUACCAACCAUGUCGUCCAUGGUCUCUCUGGUCCGCAAGGCACUCCGUCGGCCACCGUCACCACCACCGUCAUCUCCAGUUGCAGGCUAUUCUCCGUCAAAACGAUUUGGUGAUAAUGGUCCGGCGUCGGCUUCGUCUGCCCAUGCCGCGCCCAACUCGUCGCCUCAUCAUCAUCCUCCUCAUCAUCACGCCCUCAAGCCAAGGGCUCUUGCUACCAAGCUUGCCGCAUGUAUGGUUGUCCCUGAUGCCGAUGACUGUGCCCUUGGCCAGGCAGACAUGGAUGGUCUGGCUGCGGCUGCGGCGGGCGAAGAUGCUGAUCUUUAUCCGCCGCGCCACAUGCGGGCGCUCAGUGACGACGAUGACGGCGACGACGACGAUGGCCUGCUGAUCGGCCACGCCCAGUUUGGCGCUUUCCAGGACAGCGAUGAAGACGUCGAUGACGACGAUGAGUGGGUCCUGGUCGAGUUUGAUGACCUCAACUCGCUGCUCAUCACAGACGCGCUGGCCGCAGGAGCAGCCGCCGACACUGCAGCCGCUGAAGACGCCGACGCAGGCCUUGCCGGCCUAGCGUCGAUGGACGUCGCAGGCGGCAUGGCCCACGUGCCGGGCCUCCCCACUGCGCUCAGCAGACGCAAGCGCCGCCGCGACGCGCUCGAGCUCGCGUCUCAAGCGCCGGGCGUCUUCCCGGCCUUCUCUAUGCUCCCCAAGAUCGACGACGACUUUGUCGGCGACGUCGACGCCGACUAUCACACAAUCCCUUUCCGCUCGCACCCGACCGGGCGCACAGGCUCCUCAUUCUCAUCACUGCCGGAGAUGGGCUCGUCUCGCGGUUUGGUCCGGCCGCGCAAGCGGCGCAAGUCGCUGCAGGACUGAUCUUAGUGAACAACAGAGUACAUCA